AUGUCGAGUGAAAAAAGAGAAUCGCCUUUGAUGAUCGCCCUCAAGGAUAUUUUGGCUGGAUCGAUCGGUGGUGUUGGUCAAGUCUUCACAGGUCACCCAUUGGACACCAUCAAAGUCAGACUUCAAACACAACCAGUAGGUGCACCACUCUACUCUGGUACAUUAGACUGUUUGAAAAAGACUAUUGCUGAAGAAGGUUUUGCAGGAUUAUAUAAAGGUGUAGCAUCACCAUUGGUAGGUCUAUGUGUUAUGAAUGCAGUGAUGUUCCUUUCUUACGGUCAGGCCAAGAAGAUUAUUCAGGGCGACUCCAAUCGUGAGUUGAGUGUCGCCGAGUUGACCAAGGCCGGUGCCGUCGCAGGUUUCACUAUUGCAUUCGUAGAGUCGCCAGUCGACUUGUUCAAAUCUCAACUACAAGUUCAAUACGCUGGCAACAAGCAAUACAAUGGUUUACUGGACUGCGCCACCAAGAUCUUCCAACAGCGUGGAGUGCGUGGAAUCUACCAGGGUUUGGGUGCAACACUGGUUCGUGACGUGCCAGCCAACGCCACCUACUUUGGAGUGUAUGAGCUAUCGCGUCGUUUCUUCCUCAGCGAAGGACAACGUCUCGAGCAGUUGCCAGCGUGGAAGGUGAUGUUGGCCGGUGGUAUCGGUGGUAUGUCCUACUGGACACUCACCUACCCGGUCGAUGUCAUCAAGUCGUCGAUCCAAACCGACAGUAUCGUUCCAAGUCAGCGUCGUUACGCCAACAUGAUGGACUGCGCCUCAAAGAUAUAUAAGCAACAAGGUAUCGCUGGAUUCUACAAAGGUUUCACACCUUGUUUCAUUCGUUCGUUCCCUGCCAACGCUGCCUGUUUCGUAUUAUAUGAAAAGGCCAGAGAAAUCAUGGCUUAA